GCAUCAAUUGCAUAUCCAGCAGUAUAUAUAUCAGGCCACACUCCAGUAGACUCAAUUCUCACAUCCGCUUCUUCCUAUCCCACUGCAGCUUCGUUUCUCAUUAUAUACUUCUACCCCUCCUCAACUCUGGGCAAGCUUCCUCUUGGCUGGUAAUUGGGUCUCCAGAUAGCUUCCAUCUCGUGUGACCGCAUCCCUUCCUCUUCACUCAACUUGUAAACUACCAUCAUCUCCAUCACCACCACCUCAAUCAAAGCAAAAUCCAUCAUGGCUUCCGCUCACGUCUCCGCCGCCCGCUACGGCAAAGACAACGUCCGCGUCCUCAAGACGGACCGCGACGCCGCCACCGGCAUCCACACCGUCACCGAAAUGACCGUCAGCUGCCUCCUCGAGGGCGACAUCGACAUCUCCUACACAAAGGGCGACAACAGCGUCGUCGUUGCCACCGACUCCAUCAAGAACACAAUCUUCAUCACCGCCAAGCUGAACCCCGUCAACCCGCCGGAGCUCUUCGCCGCCAUCCUGGGCUCCCACUUCAUUGAGAAAUACAGCCACAUCCACGCCGCCAACGUCAAGGUCGUCACGCACCGCUGGACGCGCAUGGAGAUCCGGGGCAAGCCGCAUCCGCACAGCUUCAUGCGCGACGGCGAGGAGACGCGCAACGUCGAGGCCCGCAUCAGCCGCAAGGACGGCAUCGCCAUCAGCAGCGGCAUUGAGGGCCUGACGGUGCUGAAGAGCACCGGCUCGGCCUUCCACGGCUUCGUGCGGGACGAGUUCACCACGUUGGGAGAGACCUGGGACCGCAUCCUGUCCACGGACGUUGACGCUACCUGGACGUGGAAGACGUUUGCCGAUGUCAAGGCCGUGCGGGAGUUGAGCUCAAAGUUCAAUCCGGCGUGGGAGGAAGCUCGCAACAUCACACUCACCAGAUUCGCCGAGGAUGAGAGCGCGAGCGUGCAAAACACAAUGUACAAGAUGUGCGAGCAGAUUCUGGCUGCUGUGCCGGAGACGGAGCUGGUGACCUACUCGCUGCCCAACAAGCACUUUUUCGAGCUCGACCUAAGCUGGCACAAGGGCAUCAAAAACACCGGCAAGGACGCCGAAGUCUACGUCCCUCAGUCAAACCCCAACGGCCUCAUCAAAUGCGAAGUUGCUCGUGGCCCCGCCACCAACCGCGAGUCACAUCUGUAAAAAUUGAAGUAAGGAAGAGGCUUUGAAGAAGGUAAAAUUAGAUGGCGAAUCAGUGCUUGGCCAAGUACACUAGGUAGAUGGAAGAUCAUAUUACGCCCUCAUGUCAUAACGGGCUUAUUGCGUGAUAGUACGCAAGCUGUUUUAGUAGUAUAGCGUUUCUGUAUGAAUUGAUUUUAGUCAAAGUG